AUGAGGCCGCCGGGGCCACCACCGGGUGCCACCGCCGGUGCCACGGCCGGCGGCGGCUCGGGAGGAGGGACAAAGGCGGCGGAGCGGAGCCCGCAGCUCCCGGUCCUCCUCCCCCCCUUUAAUGCUCUGGUUGGCCGCGUCUCCCCAGCGCCCGCAGCACCGGCCACGCGUGUCCGGCCGCGCCCUGUCCCGGGGGUGGGGAUGGGGGGGGCUCACGAGUGGGGGCUGGGUGCCAGCCCGGCUCGCUGGUGCCACCAGGAGAUGUCCCCGCUGUUGUCACCUCAGCUGGAGACAGGGCACACCGAGCCGAGCCGAGCCAUGACGCGGCUCCCGGAUCAUUUUUCUGGUUCACGGAGCGCUGCGGGCUCGGGCGGCCGCGGCUCUUCCCCGCACAAGGGAAGAUUUUUUUGGGGUCCCCCCCUCGCCCCCCAAGCCAGGGCUCGGUGCCGAGCCCUUCGGGGGGAUCGGAGCCCCGGGACGGGCUGGGAUUGGGUCCCGGGGGAGGAGCAGCUCCGGCUUGGGUGGGUACAGCCUCUCGGGGUGCGGGGGUGCCAAGCGGGAGGGACCCCCCAAGGUGGGCAAGGGUCCCCCAAAACCCUCAGAUGCUCCAGGACACCCCAGGAUGGGGACAAAGCCACAUCCCCCCAACCCGGCACUGCAACAUGUGUGGGUGUAGAAAGGACGAAUUAUUUUUGUACAUUGUCAGUGGGGAAAAAAAAAAAAAAAGAAGUUGUAGGGGGAGGAAAACUGGGCCCGUCCCCUGAGCUGCGCGGUGCCACCUGCAGGGAGACGUGGCACAGAGGUGGCACAGGUGACAGAGCUGGCACAGGUGGCACAGGUGACACCAUCUUCGCGCUGUCCUCUGCCCCGGGUCGCUGUGGGGUGGCCGUGAUCCGUGCCAGCGGCCCGGGCAGCCGGGGGGCCCUGCAGAGCCUGGCCGGGACCCCCAAAAUGCCCCCCCCGAGGGUCCUGGCCCUGAGGAGGAUCCGGGACCCCCACACGGCCGAGACCCUGGACCGGGGACUGGUGGUCUGGUUCCCAGGACCCCACAGCUUCACUGGGGAGGAUUGUGCUGAGCUGCACGUGCACGGGGGGCCCGCCGUGGUCAGCGGGGUGCUGCGGGCCCUGGGCCGCUUGCCCGGGCUCCGGCCGGCCGAGCCAGGUGAGUUCACCUUGCGCGCGUUCCGUCGGGGCAAGCUGGACCUGACGGCGGCCGAGGGCUUGCGGGACCUGAUCGGGGCCGAGACCGAGGCACAGCGACGGCAGGCCCUGAGACAGAUGGAGGGAGACCUGGGGCGGCUGUACCAGGGCUGGAGCCACACCUUAACGCAGGCACUGGCCCAUAUCGAGGCUUACAUCGAUUUCGGUGAGGAUGACAACGUGGAGGAAGAGGUUUUGUCUCGAGUGCAGGGCACCGUGCGGGCUCUGGAGCAGCAGAUCCGAGCUCACCUGCGGGACGGGCGCCGGGGGGAGCUGCUGAGGGGAGGGGUCCGGGCGGUCAUCACAGGACCCCCCAACGUGGGCAAGAGCAGCCUGCUGAACCUGCUGUGCCGCCGUCCCGCCGCCAUCGUGUCCCCCGUGGCGGGCACCACGCGGGACGUGCUGGAGGUGGCCCUGGACAUCGGGGGGUACCCGCUGGUGCUCAGUGACACCGCGGGGCUGCGCCAGGCCACCGACCCCGUGGAGCGCGAGGGGGUGACCCGGGCCCGGCACCGGCUGUGCCAGGCUGACCUGGUGCUGGCAGUGCUGGAUGCCACCUCGGUGUCACCCACCCCGGUGGCCCUGGGGGACGCUCUGGCCGCCCUGGAGCCCCCCCCGGACACCCCCUGUGUGCUGGUGCUCAACAAGUGCGACCUGCUGGGGGGGCACGGCGUGUCCCCGAGUGCCACCUGUGCCCAGGGACACCCUGCCACCCUCCUGUCCUGCAAGACGGGCCAGGGGCUGGAGGCGCUGCUGGAUCUGCUGGCACAGCAGCUGGCACAGCUAUGUGGGGAUCCCCUUUUGGGGUCCCCCACCCUGACCCAGACCAGGCACAGCCGUCACCUCGGGGCCUGCGCGGCGGCGCUGGCGCGGUUCGGCCGCGGUGACGCCGGUGACACCGGGGACCUGGCGGUGGCAGCCGAGCUGCUGAGGGUGGCACGGCGGGAGCUGGGCAGGAUCACCGGGCACGUGGGCACCGAUGACAUCCUGGAUGUCAUUUUUCGGGAUUUUUGUGUCGGGAAGUGACACCAGCACUCGUGGGAUUGUCCCCAUUGUUGUGGUGGCACCGGGAUUAAACCGUGGUGGCUUUGGUGUCCCCCUGUGGGUGUCCCCAAGCCCCAAAUAUGGGCAAAGAACUUCAGAAAAGGCCUGGAAAACCCCCAAAAAAGGCUGGGAAAAAAACCCAAAAAAGGUCCCGUUUCCCGAUCAGGGGGACAAACAAGGACCUGGACGGGAAAAGCCACCCCAGGUGUCCCCACCUUGGGGUGUCCCCAUCCCCAGUGUGACAUGGGACACGUCCCUGCAUCCCCAAACCCCAAGGAUUCGGUGGGAGAAGUUUGGGAUCCCCGGGAUCCAUCCCAAUCCAUGGAAUUCCCCCAAACCACGACAGAUUUGGGGUUUUGCUGGUGGCUCUGCCACCCUCAAGAUGGUGACAUCUCUUGGGGAGACCCCUGUGCCACCAUCCCCUUCCCCUC